AGUUUGACGGCGAGAACAUGUAUAUGAGCAUGACAGAGCCGAGCCAGGACUAUGUGCCAGCCAGCCAGUCUUUUCCUGGCCCAAGUCUUGAAAGUGAAGAUUUUAACAUACCUCCUAUAACUCCUCCGUCAUUGCCUGACCACUCCCUGGUGCACUUGAAUGAGAUAGAGUCUGGCUACCACUCUCUGUGUCAUCCCAUGAACCACAAUGGCCUGCUUCCAUUCCACCCACAAAACAUGGAUCUACCCGAAAUUACAGUUUCCAACAUGCUUGGCCAGGACGGGGCACUGCUUUCCAAUUCCCUCUCUGUGAUGCAAGAUUUACGGAAUACAGAAGGAGCCCAGUAUAGUUCCCAUCCUCAGAUGGCAACCAUGAGGCCAAGGGUUCAACCUGCAGACAUUAGGCAGCCAGGAAUGAUGCAGCAUGGGCAGCUGACUACUAUUAACCAGUCCCAGCUCAGUGCACAGCUUGGUUUGAAUAUGGGUGGAAACAAUGUUCCUCACAACUCGCCCUCUCCACCUGGAAGCAAAUCUGCAACUCCUUCACCAUCCAGUUCAGUCCAUGAAGAUGAAGGAGAAGAUAGCUCUAAGGUCAAUGGUGGAGAGAAGAGACCUGCAUCAGAUAUGGGAAAGAAACCAAAAACUCCCAAAAAGAAGAAGAAGAAGGACCCAAAUGAGCCACAGAAGCCUGUGUCUGCCUAUGCAUUAUUCUUUCGAGACACUCAAGCAGCCAUCAAGGGCCAAAAUCCCAAUGCUACUUUUGGUGAAGUCUCUAAAAUUGUAGCUUCAAUGUGGGACGGCUUAGGAGAAGAACAAAAACAGGUAUACAAAAAGAAAACUGAAGCUGCCAAGAAGGAAUAUCUGAAGCAGUUAGCUGCCUACAGAGCAAGCCUCGUAUCCAAGAGCUACAGUGAACCUGUUGAUGUCAAAGCCUCCCCGCAGCCUCAGAUGAUGAAUUCCAAGCAGCCGGUGUUUCAUGGGCCUAACCAGGCUCACUCUGCACUGUACCUCAGUUCCCACUACCACCAACAACCAGGAAUGAAUCCCCACAUCACUGCCAUGCAUGCCAAUAUCCCCAGGAACAUAGCGCCCAAGCCCAACAACCAAAUGCCAGUGACUGUUUCCAUAGCAAACAUGGCUGUGUCCCCACCACCACCUCUUCAGAUCAGCCCCCCUCUGCACCAGCAUCUCAACAUCCAGCAACACCAGCCCAUUUCAAUGCAGCAGUCCAUUGGAAACCAGCUACCAAUGCAGGUCCAGUCUGCUUUACAUUCACCUACGAUGCAGCAAGGGUUUACUCUUCAGCCUGAUUAUCAGAAUAUUAUCAAUCCAACAUCAACAGCUGCACAAGUUGUUACCCAAGCAAUGGAGUAUGUUCGUUCAGGGUGCAGAAAUCCUCCGGCACAGACUGUGGACUGGAGUAAUGACUACUGCAGUAAUGGAGGCAUGCAGAGGGACAAAGCACUCUACCUUACCUGAACAUCUGAAACAUCUCUCCUUUCCACUGAGGAACACAGGGAAGUCUUUUCAUCAUGGAUUGCUUUAUGCAGUCAAGGCAGUUCAGCGUUUUAUUAGGAAAUACAAGUUGCUAAGCACUUAGGGCUAUUUGAGCUCGUGGGUCACCCACUCUGGAAAAAAUAGUCUUGCUUCUUUCUUUUUCUUUUUUCUUUCCCCCCAUUUUUUUGCAUUCUUUCUCCUUUCCACUCCCACCCUGAGAUCCUUUAACGGACAUUGCUUUUCUUCUUACCGGAAGGAAACUUGGACCAUUCAGAUUUUAUGUUGGUUUUUGCUGUGAAGUGCUGCGAUAGUAACUGCCUUAGCAACUGUAGAUGUCUCGGAUAAAAGUCCUGGAUUUUCCAUUGGUUUUUCAUAAUGGGUGUUUAUAU